UGUGUGUGGACUGUGUGAGGACUGAGGACUGUGUGGACUGUAUGAGAACUGAAUGAGGACUGUGUGUGGACUGUGUGUGGACUCUGGACUGUGUGAGGACUUAGACUGAGUGAAGACUGAGUACUGCUCUGAUCGUAAAUUGAGUGAAAGCGGCAGCGCCUGAAGUGCUCGCGCCGCCGCCUCCGUGCCGCGCGAGACGGACGCUGAGAGACGGAGCAAGGGAUGAAGAGAGAGAGGAGGAGGUGUGCAGAGUGACACACAGCCUCAGUCUGGACAGCAGCUCGGAGUGGACAGAGUGGACAGUGGGCGGAUGGUGCAGUAAACACGGUUUUUCAGAGGAGGGGUGUGAAAUGUCUGACUCGUCCGGCAGGUGGGAGACGGUGUGAUUGGACAGUUUUGGGCAGAGAGUGACCGCUGGGAUGGGACCCUCGGGGAGGUCCAUGUGGCUCUUGCGGGUCAUCUUCAUAGUUGCCGUUGUGAUGUUGUCAUGCCGAUCGGUGUCUGGGGGAACCCGAACCCUUCGAGGAAGUACAGGGUCGUAUCAGGUGAAGCAGGGUACGUGUGAGGUUGUAGCGAUUCAUCGUUGCUGUAAUAAGAAUAAGAUUGAGGAGCGCUCACAGACGGUCAAGUGCUCCUGUUACCCUGGACAGGUUGCCGGGACAACUCGUGCCCAGCCAUCCUGCGUGGAAGCGUCCAUUGUCCUGCAGAAAUGGUGGUGUCAGAUGCAUCCGUGUCUGGAUGGUGAGGAAUGUAAGGUUCUGCCAGACCUCACUGGCUGGUCCUGCAGCACUGGCAACAAAGUCAAAACCACCAAGGUCACACGAUAGCGAGAAGAUGAUGGCCCUUUCAGAGAGACCCAAGGCUCUUCUUUAAGGUGGAAUUUCUAUUCUGGGAUAAAAGAGGCCCACUUAUAGCAGAGCACGCUCAAACAUGGACCAAGAGGAGAAUUAAACAUGCGAUGGAUGGACUCAUGUACUGUGCGGUACACUGUAGCUGAUGGCACUGACCAGUGGAAAGACUUGGUGAUGGACCAAUCCUGCAUCACCUUUCUCAUACACACAUGUCCUGUGGUGCAAAUGGACGUAGAUCACGAGAUGUGGGCCAAACGGUCUGGACUUCUGUAGCUUCAACUCAUGAACUAUGUUAACUUAUUGGAAUGUAUGGUAGCAAAUUGGUUGUGGAUGCUAAGUGUGUGCAAAUGGAUACGUGUAUGGGUCAACGACAUGAUAUGACAUGCAUUUUUAUGUCCGCAGUAGUUAUUUUCUUAUAAAAUAAUGUCAUUCAUAUAUAACAUAUAUCACAUUAUUCUACAAUGUGCAUACCAUUUUCAGCCCAUGAAAUCAAAUUAAUGAAUGCCUUUCAGAGUCUUAAAAUAUCAGGUGGUGCAACUGUACUGUACAAUGUAUACAGAUUAGUAAGCUUUAAAAAAGUAAUUCAGCUGUACAGAAUUCAAAAUAAAAUAGCUUGGCAUGAUUUUUCAUUUGGGUACUAAAAUGAAACCUUUAAAGUCAUAAUAUUUUGGAAAACAGGGCAGCAAUAAAAUAUUCAAGUAAUUGCAAAACAUCUGUCCGUAAAUUAAUCUCGUCAAAUGUCAUGCAAAACUGACGACGAAGGACUUUUAUUUUGACAUGCACCAGAAACCAAAGUGACCUUCAUGGUGCAUUGUCACUAUCCCUUUCACGAAUAUUCAAAAAUCAUAUUCAGUACAAAGACUAGUUUAUACAUGUUUACAGUAGAUAAUAAAUUAUAAUAAAUCUCAUCAUUAGAAAAGCUAUGAAAGAAAUAUCAAGUUGAACAGACUCUUGCAGAUAAAAAAUGCACAUCCUACCCUUUUUUAUAACUAUCAUUUUAAUCAAUGUUACAUCACAAAUUUCUAAAAUUAUUUCAAAUUUCUUACUUGUCAUUGACCCAUAUAGGAAGGUGUGUGUAUACUUAUGUGUAGGUGUGAACAUGUUUGCAUAUCACUGUUGUCAGUAUCUCCAAAAUGGUAACUUUACAGGAGAAGGAAAAAACUUUCUUUACAUCUAAUAUAAGUCAAUGGAACCAGACGUUUUUUCCAAGUCAUUCUG